AUGUCUUCAAUAGUGGAAGACGUUUGCGAACUUUUAGACAGCUACAAUGGGAGAGACAAGGUAGUCCGUCUAGCAUGCUACACUUUCAAGUUAUAUGGUUGUUUAAAAGGAGAGAAGCCAUGGCAGACAGCUGGUUCCCGGCUUUCCAGUGCUCGUAUGAUGCUCAGAUUGUUUGACGAUAUACCUAUGAUAAGGCAUACAUAUAACUAUGGACUAGGUAGACAUGAAACCUCAAAGGUGGCGGCAACACUAGGUGUAUUAGCAAACAUGGUGGAUCAAGUAUUCUUACCAGUAGAAAAAGCAUGCUGGUUAUAUGAUGUGGGCAUUCUGAAAUUGUCUACUGUAUCUGCUGACAGACUUGAGAUAUUUAGUACAGCACUUUGGGCGGCCAGUCUGUAUAUUUCACUUAUACAGACAAUCCGGUCUAUUCAACAUUUGUGGUGGAGUAAGAACUGUCUUCGAAAGUCAGAAGACAGUAGUGACAUGAAACGGAAUUUGGAUAUACGGCUCAUGCUGCAAGCGGUGACCGCUAGCAAGUUAUGUCUAGACAUCACUCAUGCUGUAAGCUGUCUACCGGCUGGCUGCCUCUGGGGAGAGAAGAUUGGGGCCACGAAAAUAGCGACGAUCGCCACAACAUCAUCUGUUAUUGGCAUUGCUUUGUACUUUGCUAGGAAACGACUAUUGAAAUAA